UGGAAACUGGUAUCCAGGUACCAUAGCAUAGCUAGAAGUCGGACCAGACACACCGUCCUUACUCGCUUAAAGAAUUAAAAAAAAAAUUCAAAAUGUCUUCUGACGGCGAUGCUAUCGAUUUGGAGCACAGAGAUCCAAAUGCAUUAAACAGUCACCUAGGGACUCUUCAUUUCAACGAUAUUUUCGGCGAGCCUGACGGUACCCACAGUAUUGACUGCGUCUGGAAAUUGUCCCACGCCUGCUUUAACCUCUGGAAAAACCUCUGCUACAAACUUCUGACCCUGUGUUUCGGUUGCUGCAUCGCCGCAGAGUGGGGAUGUGAGUUUGCCUACAUCGCCUUCUACCACGUCUGGUAUAUCACUCCAUGCUUCAAGUGGCUCGAGAUCAACUGCGGGGUUUGCCAACGUCUUUAUUCUAUGUGCAUCAACUGCUGCAUGACGCCAUGCUUCGAGUCCUGUGGUGGAAUCUUCCAUCAUUUUAAGAAAUGAUCUGUUUAGUCAAUGCUAUGUGCGACUGAGUGUGAAACAGUUCGGGUGAUAUAAACCUUAUAUUCUCAAACUUUGAAAUUAUUUAAUGCGAGAACAUGGCGGCUGUGAUUAAAACAAACCUUUAAUUUCCUCGCGCAAAGUGAAUUUGGAGUGAUAUUAGAAUGAACAGUAGAAUAACUUCAUUUGCUUCGGCAAAAACAAUUCUUUGGAUUAAAAAAAAAACAUAUUUAUAUAUUUUUGUAUAAUAUGUGUAUAUAACACAGU